AUGCCCGGCUCAAACCAACAUGAAGGGGAGGGAACGUCCCAGCCUCCCGCCCAGACCAGUCAGGACGUCUCGUCCGAGGUGGCUGGAGAGGUGAGUUGUUUUAUAGCAAAGUUUUAAGGUUUUAUAGGAUUAAAACAGGCAUAUUCACAUUGAUUUUUCAAAAAUGUUUUAUUUUUUAGGUAUAAAAAAUAUUUUUUGUUGAAUGAAAAUCACUUUUUCCACUUUUUCUAAUAGUUUUAUGUAAAAACAGGUACACUUUUACAUUUGUAUUGUAAUAAGCUCCAAUUUACAGGCCCAAAACGGCACAGUGACGGCAGGAACGUCCUCGACUACGGCCACAUCAUCUUCAGCAGCGAAUCAAGCCGAUCCUCCACCUGCGAUACCAAUUCCAGUUGAAACUGGUCCUUCGUUAUUCCCACAAUACGGUACAACACGAUCAGAAGCACUGUUCACAGUAGCGACGAAUACACGACCGGAACGACGGCUUCAACUACGACUUUUCGAUAUUAAAGUACAUGGAAACGGAUCUUUUGGAUGGGUAAGUUGAUUUUUGGUGGUUUUAGUUAUAGAGAAUGGUCAAAGGAUUGAGUACUGAUGCCUGCUGGGAUAUUUGAAGGAUGUUGUAGUUGAUUUUCGAUAUGUAAUAAGCUAAAAUGGCAAUUUUUUGAGCAAAAUAACAAAUUUACCCCGAUUUUUACCUUGUACGUUUUAAGCUGUUAGUAACACCUAAUGCAACAUUUGUGAAUACUUUAUAAUGUUUUAUAUUAUUAUGUUUUAGGUCUACGUAACUCGAACAGAAAGCGGCGAGAAACUGGCCAUCAAAAAGGUACUACAAGAUAAUCGUUAUAAGAACCGCGAACUGCAAAUAAUGCGUCGAUUGGAUCAUCAGAACGUUGUAAAAUUACAUUACUUCUUCUACCACAAUCAAGACAAGGACCAGAACAAGGUGUACUUGAACCUGGUCCUGGAAUACAUGCCCCAGACCAUCUAUCGACUCACCAGACAUUACACUAGGCAAAUGCAACACAUUCCAAUGACUUUGGUCAGAGUUUAUUCGUAUCAGGUAAGGCGUUGUGUUGUUUUUGAAGUUUUAGGUACUAAAAUGAAGUGAUUUGUUAUGUUGGUCCAAAAGUUUUGGAGCUUUGCACGGUGCAGGUCUUAAACUUUUAAAAAUAGUAUCAUUAGACUUAUUAAUAUCAAACCUUUCAGUUAUUCCGCGCCCUUGCCUACAUUCACUCCAUUGGCGUCUGUCAUCGUGACAUUAAACCCCAAAACCUGUUAAUAGACCCCGAAACCGGUGUGCUGAAGCUGUGCGACUUCGGCUCGGCCAAAUACCUAAUCCGCGGCGAGGCCAACGUAUCAUACAUUUGCUCAAGAUACUACCGAGCGCCGGAGUUAAUAUUCGGCUCAACUCACUACACGAACAGCAUCGACGUGUGGUCGGCGGGCACCGUUCUCGCCGAACUCAUCAUAUCUCGGCCCGUCUUCCCGGGCGAUUCAGGCGUCGAUCAACUCGUCGAAAUCAUUAAAGUAGGUUGGGGUGGAUAAGGUGGGGUAUACUUUUGGAGGUACAUAGAAAAUUUUGAUUUUGUUUAUAUUGUUGUAGUGAAUUUUGCUUUUUUUUGUAAAUUUUGAUAAAAUGAACUAUAUUUUUCUGAAAAAUUAUGCAUCGUAGUUUAUGUUUUGUAUUUUCAGGUACUAGGAACCCCCACCCGUGAACAAAUCCAACAGAUGAAUCCGCACUACCGUGAGUUCAGAUUCCCCUCAAUUCGCGCCCAUCCUUGGAGCCGAAUCCUUCGACCGGGUGCACCGUCGGAAGUAAUCGACCUGGUCUCAAAACUGCUCGACUACAAUCCAGAAGGUCGUCUCACACCCCUACAAGCAUGUGCACACAACUUCUUCGACGAACUCCGCCAACCAACGACACGGUUGCCAAGCGGCCGCGAACUGCCCCCUCUCUUCGACUUCACUCCUCAAGAAUUGCAAAUUCAGCCCGAACUGAACCGCGCCCUCAUCCCACCGCACAUCGAAACCGCGCCACGGCCCACCAGCCAGCCACCCGAACCCGCAGCACCGGAGAACCAGUAG